AUGUCUCAACCAGCCCCUAGACGUCGUGGUCGACCCAGGAAGACAGAAUCUGAAGAAGCGCGGGUCGCUCGGGAGCGUGCUCUGCAGCGCGUACGAUCACAACGAUACUACGAACGAAAACAUCAGCAAGCCGUGCAGCCCUCUCUCCCGCCCGCCGAACUGCACCAAACAGAAUUCGUGCAUUACCACCAUACGUUGUCUCGGCAGUCACCAGCUGCAUCGUCAACGGACCCGAGUACCGGCUUCCACCUGGAGUCGCAACUCCACAUUCCCAUACCAGAUGAAGAUCCACUGCCGGUCGAGUCUACUUUGAUCGAUCACGAACCAAGCGGCGUAGAGGUGGAUUCAGCUGAAGGACCGUGUGAUCUACCAUCUGUGGAGGAUGAUGAUCCACAUACGGGUAAUGCAACGCCCCAGUCUCGCCAAGUUAUAGAAGAACAAACGACUCAUUUCAGCCUGGGCACGCAAUCUAUCCCUCAUUCAGCUUCUCUUCACCAUAUUGAUGACGUCGCCGAUGGCCAUGAUGUUGAGGAUAGAUCCUAUGGCAUCCCCGAAUUUACCAAUCACCGCCCUCAAAAUCCGCCGCCUUCAGAGAACCCAAUCCCGAGGCUCGAGAAACAUCUUGCUCAGGAGUGGAUGAUGCAUCCAAGCUGUUCAAGAGAAGAACAUGAUGCAGACCACGGGAAGUUAAUCGAGACUGCUUGCCACCGUUCUUGUGACUCACUAGAAGAUGUUAUCGCUCGGCUCGAUGGAUUGAUGAAUGAUGAUCAUAGCCAUGACCCCCUACCGCAUGUCACUGAACCCACUUCUGAUAUUCUCGAUCAUGCUUCUUCGGCGGACGAUCCUUGCAGUAAUAACCUGCCUCACAAUUCUAAUUCACAAGAGCACACAAGCUCGCGUCAACGUGAUUACAGGGCAGCUUGCCAAAUCGCUCUUGAAGGAUCUCUAUGCGGUGGCGUACCACCGAGUCUUUGCUUGGAAGCCAAACAUCGCCUUGCACAGCCUUUUACAGAUAACUUCAUCCGAAAAACGUACGACGUCGACAGCAUAUGUAGUUUCCCCUCGUCCUUGGCUGUCGCCAGGUUGGGUAUUCAGUGGUACCCGCAACCACAUGUUAUCUUCAACCUCACGGAUGACGUUCACAUCAGCCUCGACAUCCCUACCGAAGGCUUUCAUCGCAACAAUCUUCAGCCGCGAGGGAGUUGCCAGCAACGACGUCUAUUACAUCAUAUCCCAAACUAUUGCUUUGGACGGGUUCAGGGCUUGAUAGAUACAUUCAUCUGGGUGUUCUUCCCUGCUUUGUGCCAUCGCCACAUACAUGAUAACUCCUAUAAGCGGACUUCAAUUCCCAAGGAGCAAUACACAUUAUGGUAUGAUAAGGUCCUAUUGCCAGCGGUUGUAGCAGCAGUUCAAGAUCCAAGCAUACUCCAGUACAUUCCCCCAAGCCGCCGAGUCGCUCAAUCUACGUCACGCGCUCGACAGGAGGGUAUCUCCACUGAGUGUCUUACAGGUGCAAAUGCGAGUAUGGAUGUGCUUGGUCAAGGCACAAGGAGCAACGCACUCUCAUACUCACUUCAACACAGACACCUUGGGGCGAUAUGGCAGGAAAUUCAAUCGCGAAUAAUAGCAUUUCCACAAUUCGCUGGCGUAAGACUAUACAUGGGGGCGAAGAACCUGAAGCUUGCAUACAUGCACUUGGAUAUCGCUCAGACCCUCAGUGAUUUUGACAAUCAAUGGAAUGCCGCUGUUGACAAGAAAUUCCUCGAUCCAGACUGUACAUUUAUCGACAUUGGUCGUCAAUAUACCCCUCAAAUUGGGUCUGCUGCUGAGUCUAAUGUCCUUAUUUGGCGCCGCUGCUGUCUGAGACGACUAUGGCGGCAGCGACAAGCAUGGAGUCGUCAGUACAACACGGCGAAGCCUGACGAACAUAACCACUCACAGUCUUUUGAGCCACGUCAAUGUGGCGUCUCAACCCUUCGUCAAGCUGAGUACCCGUUCGUCACCACGCGCGACGCGGCCGACAUGACAAUCACACCCACCCACAAUAGCCGUGAGGCUCGUGAAGGUCUCCUCUAUAGCCAGUUUUAUAACCUCGUCAAGAUUCCUUUUGAUGCCGCCAAACAGUACCCGUUUCAGAACCCCCAGCUCGAAAAGAUGGCUCUGGAUCCUUCCUACCUCGCUGAUUGUGAAAAGUCUACCCGUGGAAGUCAUGCAAAUCAAGCUUCUCUCAAGCUCGCUUAUCGAUUAAGCAAACUUCGGGUUCGAGCUGCCUUGAUUCCAAAUGGUGAAGACGAGAUCCCAGUUCCGUUCGCAUAUGGCGUUCGAGCUGAGGAUCGCCUCUCUUGGGCGCUUCUACAACGUAUACUCCCUCACUUGGCCCCCUCGCAGACAGCCGUCUCGGCUGUCCAUGAAGAGGUUACGCCCGACCUGGAGCCACCUUUUUUCGCCAUACAGUCAAGAACCAUGGCACGCUUCCUACAUAGCCAUAUCAAUAGGUAUUGUUUCCUCUUCGAGCACAUCAAGUCUCAGACUGGACCCAGUUACUCAUUACCAGAGACUGCUGUUAUGGCAAUGGCGCUCCGUAGCCUCCGUUUCAGCAUGUCUGGUAUCAUCGCAAAGGAACCAUUGUUGUGGAGAGAUCGAUGGAGACAGGGCCGCAGUACUACACCACAAAACGAUCAGCAGCAGGGUGACGAAGUAGAGCUAGAAGGUCUAGGCUUGUACAAAUCUUCAAGGGACUAUGGGCUAGGCUGGUGGCUCCCAGGUAAAUUUGAUUGGGAUAAAUGGCGCUUCAAAAAUGAUGUUGGCGAUCGAAUUAUUGCGAACCACCAUAUCAUACAACGCGAUUAUGGUCGUCAAUGGAGGGUUAUUCAGGACAUUCGUGAUGUCCAUGCACGCAUGUGGCAGGCCUAUAAGUGGGCUCAGCAUUACUCAGUUCGAGAACGGCCAGUCAAUCGGGGCAUCUGGCUUGAGUACCUGUACAGUACUGUGAUCGAGCUCUUCCAAUGCGACGUCUGGUCCGAAGCCGUCAAGAGCCUCGACUGGACGACAGGUUCUGACCUCAACGAGAAGGCGGCCACUGAAUUCUCUAAAUCUGACCCCCCAGAUUAUUGCUACGAUGUUCUACAAGACUUGUUCCACGAUCGACGCCGGAGUAUCAGUCACACUCGACCAUAUCUUCUGACGGGUAACAAGGUUCGUUCACUGGAUAUCUGGGACCUUGUAUGUGACCUCUUGGGAUUUGAUCUCCAUGAAGGACGACUUGAACCACGAAAAUACCAUAAAAUCACUCCUUAUCGUAUUGCUGUGCGGCGCAGUUUUGAGGUCAUAAGUGAAGUCCUAGGGUGCGCAGAAGCGUCUCGUUGGUUCAUGAAGCUUGGUCGGCUCCUUUUACUGACACAUUGGAUACUGCCUUGGCCAUCCACUACAAAUAUCAUUUCUACCACAAAGGAGAGCCGCAAGAAAGGCCUUAAACGGAGACUGAUCUGGGUCUCUAUUGUUUACGCCACUCCCGAUCUAUUACGUCUGUACAGCUGUCGUUCUACCGUACCUAUUUGUCCUAUGGAGGACAGGGAACGCCAGAUCACAAUAAGAGACAAGCUCUGUGAAACCAUGAUCACAACAUCAGCCAGGCGCUUCGGAACGUCUGGAUGGACACCCGAGUCCGACCCGUUGGACAGACGUUUUCACUGGACCCCUGAUGAUCUUCUUCAAUGUACCGCUACUACACUUUUUGUUGAUGCUUUCAACAUUGGUCGAGCUGUUGAGCCCUGUAGCAAUGGGAAGAUCUACCCCCUUGCUGAACGGGGCCGACCACCGAUAUUGAGGCUAGUGAAACGUAUACGUAAUAGCACACUUGAGGAGUUAGAUCAGUUAUUUAGCGAACUCAUCAGGAUCGUACAGACCGAGUCCAUGGACAAACAAGCUGGGAACAGCUCUAUGCCGUUAGGUUGCACGAUCCCCUGCUUAAGUCAGUCUUCCACUGGCUCUAACAACCGGAUGACACGGCAUGGAUUCAGCCAUCAGAAGUCUGCCCUUAACUGUGACCAAACAGCAGACGAGGACACAAUAGAAUCUAAAUCUGUCGAGAGGGAGAGCGAGAGCGUAAAGAGCAAUACAAGUGAUAGCGACUCUGCCGAUUCAAGCGGGUCAUGGAAACCUCCCAUACGUCUAAAGCGCGCGCUUAGAUCCCAAAAAAUUCGCCUCCACAAUGUCCCCAACUACUGCCUUGGACGUGUCAUUGGCCUUGCGGAUACGUUCAUCUGGGCCUUCUUCCCUGCCCUUUUCUCCGGCAAGCUCUCCGAUCCUUACAGCCAGACCUGUAUUCCCAAAAAGAACUUCGUGCACUGGUACGAGGAGGUGAUGCUGCCCGCCAUACAAGCUGUUGUCGAUGACAAUAACAUACUCCAGUAUAUCCCAAAGACACAUGCCAUCGCGUCUUCGGACUGCAGUGCGCCCCGGGAAGCGUUAGUAGCUCUGGCGGUGGCGGAGGAAGAUGAGGCCGAUAUGGAAGAAGAACUGGAUGGGUUUACCGGAGCGAAAAGACGAGACGGUCCGGCCGCACAGCCGGGGUCACGACGCAAGCACUUCUACGUCACGCUUCAGUCCCGCUACCUCGCAGCUUUAUGGGAGGAGAUACAUUCCAGGGCUGCUCUCUGGCCUGAAUAUGCAGGGUUGCGACUCUACAUGGCUGCUAAGAACACCAAACUGACAUGGAUGCGGCCCACGUUCGAGUCGGCACUCGCGGAGUGGCAGCACCACUGGAAUUCUGCGGUUGACGAGGCGUACAUUGAUCCGGAUGUCACUUACAUUGACAUCGGCCGCCAGAUGACGCCGGCCGAUACAGGACCACAUGGACGCGUACUUAUCUGGCGCCGUUGCUGCAUGGAUAGGCUCUGGCGUCGCCGGCUACAGUGGAGCCGGAUCCAAAAUCGGCUGUAUCAUCGUGAGGAAGACGCUUGCAAGGACGAAUCGGGCAAACGUCAGGCUCCGCCAAUCCGCAGGACGACCUAUCCGUUUGUCACUCUUCGCGAUGCGAGAGACAUGACCAUCACUCCUAGUUCAUCAAGCUGGGAGCUUCGAAACGGUCUCGUGUAUAGCCAGUUCUACAACCUCAUCAAAGUUCCCUUCGAUGCAGCUAAGCAGUACCCGUUCCAGAACCGCCACACCGAGAGCAUGGCGCUAGACCCAUCGUAUCUCAGAGAUCAACGUAACUCCACACGAGGGGCACAUGCCCACCAGUCCCGAGUACAAUGUGCCUACCGUCUGAGCAAGCUCCGUAUUCAUCGCAACGUUCCUGCUGUCGACCAGGAUGAUGAUGAUGAUGAUGAGAUACAUCAUGAAGAAUCAACACAUCACCCAUUCACAUAUGGUAUACGUGCAGAAGACAGGGUAUCAUUGGCCCUUCUACGGCGUAUCACUGGUAUGUUCUCAUCUAGCCCCGCGCAGGAUGGGUCAGGCGAUGAUGAAGAAGAUAAAGAGAGGGACCAUCCAUUCUUCUCCGUUUCUUCUCAAACGAUGGCCCGUUUCCUCCGUGCUAGCGUCAAUCGAUAUUGUUUCCUAUUUGAGUAUGUAAAAUCGCAGACCGGCUUGAAAUAUUCACUUCCCGAGACUGUUGUUAUGGCAGCAGCGCUUCGUGGACUUCGGUUCAGCUACGAUUGUUCCCUCAUCGCGAAAGAAUCGGUACUCUGGGGAGAUAGAUGGACGUCGACGCAGCGCGUGAGAGUUGAGGGUGGGGAAGCGCGGAUCGUCAAGGUAGAGCGAGAAGGGCUAGGUCUGAACAAGACGUCUAAGUCGCACGGAUUUGGUUGGUGGCUACCAGGGAAGUUUGACUGGAAUACCUGGCGGUUCGCUUCCGAUGUUGGCGAUCGACUCGCCGUAGGUAACGACCUCCUACGCCAGGAUUACAAGCGUCAAUGGAGAGUCCUCAAGGAUAUUCGAGACGUUCACGUUCGCAUGUGGCAAGCCCAGAGUUGGCUAGGGCGAUAUCGAGUGCAGGACGACGCGGCGGCAAAGAGACUGUGGCUCGAAUACCUGCACUCCACAGUCAUCGAGCUCUUUCAGCGGGAUGUCUGGCGUGUGGCCUUGAAGAGUAUUAGCUGGAAGACGGGCUCUGAUGUGACGGACGAGGCGUCGAUGAGCUAUCCAGUGUCUAGUCCACCAAGCUUAUGCUACGAUGGGCUAUCGAACCUGUUUCACGACCGUCAACGUGAUGUGAGCCACACGAGACCGCACCUUGUCGCCGGAAACAAAAUACGGUCGACAAGCAUGAAGGAUCUCUUUGAUGACCUAUUCUCGCCGAGCUCUACUGGCACGGCUAUGAAGCGUCGGAGAGGGUGGGCUUCGCUGCCCUACCGUAUCGCAACUCGUCGAAGCAUCGAGCUCGUGGAGAUGGGUCUUGGGGCGGCGGCCGCAACACAGUGGUACGCACAGCUGAGGCGGAUUGUGCUAUUGACGCAUUGGAUUCUGCCCUGGCCAUCAGACACAGAGCUUCUAACGACGACAAAGGAAAGCCGGGCUACCAAUCUCAAACGCCGGCUUACCUGGGCCUCGAUUAUCCAUAAUACCCCAUUGGAUAAGUCCACAAGGCACCACGAACCAGCUAUGCCAACGCGAAAAGUCAACGACGUAGAUCGCCACGUCUCUGUGCAAGAUAAUCUAUCGCAGCUAUUAUCAGAGGUAUGCAAGCGUCGUUUCGGCAUCACUGGGUGGGUGAAUAGCUCAGAUAAUGCAAAGCCGUGCUACCACUGGUCUGCCGGGGAUUUAGUCAGGAGCACGCGUGACUGUAUUGACAUUGAUGCACUUCAACUUGGCCGUGCGGUUGAGGCGUACAACAGGGGUUGUAUCUUUCCCGUCGUAGAGAGAGGCCAUCCGCCCCAACUACGGAUGGUUACACGCAUCCGGGAUAAGACUCUAGAUGAACUCAGUCGAUUGUUCGAGGAACUGUUAGAGGCAGGCGAUGUCGACCCCAGCUCUCCAGUUGCGAGCAUCACACCCGAAAUCGGACAAUCUCGCAUGUUUUCGCGUUCCGCGACACGACAAGCCGAGCAAGACGCUGCAAGAGAUCUGGCAGCACAGUCACGAGGAUGUCGUUAUCUGCAGCUACUAGCUAGGAAAUAUCCACGAACAGCGGAUGAGCGGGAAAGGCUCCGGAGAUAUUUCCGACGGCGUGGCCGUGUACGAGCUGGCAAGGCUGUUGCCAAUACGGAUUCGAUCCAUUCAGGCGACACGAGUUUAACCGCGCAGACAGAUGAAACGGAUGGGUCGUGGAGGCCACAAAAACGUUUGAGAAAGGCAGUCAGAGAUCAGAUGACAGCCAAGCUAGAGUAAUGUAGUAAUCACUGUGAAGAUCAGUCAAGACGGGCAGAGGCUUCUCCAUAAUAGAUAGUGCAAUAGCUA